GUUUAGUCGGAAACCGGGAGUCCUGCCGGUCGUCCGCAUGAGAUAUUAAUUAUAUAUAUAUAUUCACUUCUCUCCUCGUGAUUCAACGAUCGCACGUAUCGGGUCAGAUAAAUCGUAUAAAUCGCUGCAGCACGUGGUAAAUCCGAGUGUUGAAAUAGUUUGUAAAUCUGUUAAGAAAUAUUCGAAACGGUCACGGAAUUUUCUUAUCAAAAUAGGUAUACAAGUCUGGUGAUUAUGCUUUCCAAAAUCGUUGUAAUUUUUUUUUUUUUACCUCAUUAGUUAGGAAUUACUUUUAUUUUAUUUCUUUUUUUUUUUCAAAUUCCGAAAGAAAGGAAACGUCAGGCGGUUCACUCCGCUCACCGCAGGUACGGAGGAACUCAACUUCCGUUACGUUUUAUUUCAUUUUUUUUACAUUUUUUCUUGAAAAGAAUUAUAAGUUUCUCGUAAACGUUGCAGAGGGUUUCGCGCAACUUGAAUUUAAUUACAAACGAGCCUCGCCGUUUUAAUAACUUUUUUGUCGGUUUUAAACUGCGAAUUUAACAGUCAACUUCGUACCUCGGUUAAAUUAUGCAGCGAGACGUUAUAAAUCCGAAAUAGAUUAUUGUUGACCUAGGAAGGUGCGGAUGCAGGAAGUCCGUUUAUGACAUAAUAGCUGCAUACCCUAGAAUUACUUUUUGCGAGAAUCGCGCAUUAUUUUUUCGGCGUAGAAACUUCCUGGAUACAUAAUUUAUUUCACUCGAACUUACCUACGUUCUUUUAUUCCUCUGUUACACCUAUGGUUACACUAACUAGUGAACUACUCGCAACGGGUAUUAUACCGAACUGUUUUUUUUUUCACCGUUAUACCCUAAUCAAGUAAUUAGCAAUUGCCUCCUUCUUAGCAUUGUAACAGCCGGAUAUAAGGUUCCAAAGAACCCGUGGGACACCAAACGCCCGCAUGAGACGUCUGCGAAGCAAAUGAAUUACGCCUAAGAACUGGGCCACGCGCGAAAUUCGUUGAAAUCUCCGUACCUACGUAACAUUCGGUAUAAAUUUUUGCGGACAAAAAAAUCGUCAACAAUAUUUAUAUUUCAUUUGAUACACGCCGAACGAAACGGGUUAUCCAAUAUGCACAUGAAAUUCCAUCGAUAAAACAACUCGUCUAACGAGUAAACAGAUCAUUAUAAUAUGUGUAUUACCUAUAAAUGUACUGCAAUAGAAAAGAAAAGAAAAGAAAAAAAAAAAAACGAAAGAGAAACGAAGAAGACAUAAGGGGCAUCGUCUAUCGGUCGAUAUGUUUUUACAUGUUCGCAUAAUAGCGGAGUUAUAGGCUAAUCGUGGGUUGAUUACGUAAAUUAUUUUAUUUUCGUAAUGGGUAACACAAUAUACCAUCCGUCCUGCAACCAACGGCAGCUGAGGCUUUCGGAGGGUAUAAUGUAUACAAAUUUAAUGUCGGGGUAGUUUCUCGGUCGGAGUUCCCAUGGGGUUUUCAGGAAACAACGCGACCGUAUCCUGAGAUGCCCUCGAAAGAUAUACACACACACGACCUGCGAGGGCACUUGCAGUGCAAAACUCGCAGAAUCGCACGUCUCGCCUUUGCUACGGAUAUAAAUUCGUUUUGCACGCGGAGUCGACUUUGGUGUGAAAUUAUAACAUAGAUGCACGAGGGAAAAUUAAAAGGAUAAUAAAACUGUCGCUUUUUUUUAUCAAUUCGCGUUUAUUUUUAACCUCGACGUGCGGGGGGCCGAUGAAUUUUCUGUCCAGUAAGACAACGCGUCCGAGUUCACGCCUCUCGCGUCUAAGACCUUUUUUCAGAAUCACGACGGUUUUGUUUUAUAGAUACAGAAAAGAAGAUAUUUAUCGUUUCGCAGCUUCGAUGAUCCAUACGUACACUCCGGUGCUUCGUCCCCCCCGUUGAUACGUUCGGAUAGAAUAGAAUAUACCCGUGAUAUACAUAAGGUAGGAGUGGUAAUUGAGGAAUCGGGGCUCCUGUGCCUGGCUCGAAUGACUCCUGGAAUUGAAGCAUGCAGCUACUUUCCAGUUUCAUGGCGAGGCACUUGAAGAGGGGUGCUUCACUGAAGAAAGGCAGAAGAGAGGGCAACGGAAGUUCAAGUCCUGGAGAUAGACAUCCCCCAGGAUAUCUCGUCGGGAGUCCUUCGGGCACCCCCCACAGCCCUUCGGGCGGCCUAGGGAGCCUCGGGGGCGUCACGACGAUGAACCCAGACGACCUGGCGACGCCCGAUGACGAGUUUGCCCUCGCCCACGGCCCAGCGCAUAAGACGCAGCGCGAAGUCGAAGCCGUACGGGGUGUUCUCUAUCUCGGGAUCGCUCUGUCGAUCGCGUGGAUCGUCGGCGCGGCAGGAUUGUCUCUGGCAUGGCUCGUCCUGAUCUUGGCCCUCGUAGGGACGAUUUUCAAGACCCGAUUGUCACGGUUGCUGCAAACGGCCCUACAGCACGAAUUAGCCAGAUUACGAAGGCGCAGAGCUUUGUACAAGGACGAGACGGCCGAGUGGCUGAGUCUCCUCAUAAACCGAUGGUGGAGAUUUAGCUCUGCGAGUAUAUUUGCACUCGCCAAAGAAAGAUUAGAGCCCAUUCUUAAUGAGGCGAAACCUGGGAUACUGGGUCCGCUGGAAUUGAGAGAACUCACUCUUGGAGAACAGACGCCAUGUAUAACUCGUGUUAGAGCUUUGGAUUACAGCGGCGACGAUGAAGGUCCCGCUGCAAGACCAGGGCUUAUCAAACUUUCCGUCGAAGCAGAUCUAAGACUGGAUUGCGAACAAUUUAGGAUGCUCAUAACUACCAGGCUGUUCGGAAAAGGGAGUUCAAAGGUCGGCUCAUCCGGAAACAUUGACGAAUGUGUAGGGAUGGAUGUCGAUUUGGCUGUUGAAAAAUUAUCUCUGGCAGGCACGGUGCUGGCUACCUUGACACUGAAUGCCUCUGCGCCUUUCCCUCAUGUGACGCAUCUUAGUUUGAGUUUUGUAGAAAAACCAGAUGUUUGGUUCAGUGUAAGAGUUCUGCGAGCCGUACAAAUGAUGGAAGUUCCACUUGUCAAAACCUGGAUCCAUGCGGUUGUCUCUGAUGCUCUUGCUAGCUGGAUAGUCGAUCCAGGUCAUCUGGAACUCGACCUACGGGCUCAGGAAAGACCAGGUCCAGGACUCGACUGUGUCCCCAAUGAUGUACCUCAUGGAGUUCUUACGGUUACACUUAGCCAAAGUAAUGGAGCCCCAGUAGGAGCUGCGACGGAUGAGGUCAGGUGGUUGGUGGUCACAAUAGGAGACCAAAGACGAGUGACACCUCACCUUGGCCCGAGCUGGACCGAAGAUGUAUCUUUCCUUGUUGGGUCUUUGGAGAAUGAGAGGAUCAAUAUAAAAUUAAAGGCCAAAAGACUUGUUAGCACUAUAACACUUGCUCAGUUUGAACUAGCUCUGGGUGUGUACAAUUGGGAAAAUUCAACGGUGGUCGACAGUGUACUGCAACAAAAAAAACCAUCUCGUAGCAGCGCAAAUAUACCCAACAUCAAUGCUAGGCUGGAGUACAGCUCGCUGCCUGCUUUAGAACCUGAUAUGCCUCCGCCAGAGUUGCCGGAUGAAAGCCCACAUCCCUCAGUGACACGAAAAAAUUCGUACCGAAAACAAAGAGCAGGUAUUUUGGUGGUCUAUAUACAUUCGGCGGAGGACCUCACUAACUGUGAUUCAUUUCAAUGUAAUCCCUAUUGCAUGCUCUUCCAGAAUCGAAAAAAAGUAAAAACAACACACUAUAUCCGAGGUACAAGUUCCCCAAGAUGGGAGGCAAGAACACAGUUUUUAGUGCAAGACUACACCCAGGUUUCCCUGAGCUUUGUUAUAUGUUCGUGGAAUGUAUCGAAAAUGGCAGACACAGACAUGUUGGGUCUUGCCAUGCUUUCAUUGUCGCAGGGAACUAGGUGGAUUGUCAAAAAAGAACUGAGCCUGAGCGGAUCUAGUGGAUCAUCAACGAUAACAGUCUCCGUGCUCUUCCAUCCAGUAAGAAGUGUACAGCAAGUGGUUAAUAGCAGACGGGGAAGCAUAGCUCCGCCAGCAUCGGACGAUGAGCCAAAAAUGAAAAGAAAUAGUCUUCCGUGGAUGCAGCAAGCGAAAAUGCUGUUAACUCAUCGUGACGUAGAUCCAGCGUCGUCGGACAUAUCGAGCCUCCUGUCAACCGGUAGUGGUUUGAUGGAAGUCACUUUACUAAGAGCCAAAGACCUCGUUGCAAAGGAUCUCAAUGGAUUCAGCGAUCCAUUUUGUGAGCUGCGAUUGAACAAUGAGACAAAGUACAAAAGCAGCAUAAAAAAGAAAACGCUAAAUCCUUGCUGGGAUGAAAGUUCCAUCAUGGGUUUGCCUCGUUCAGGAGAAACAUUAGAUAUUAUGCUAUGGGACCACGAUACUUUCGGGAUGAAAGAUUAUCUCGGAAAAGUGUCGCUGACUCUGGACGAUAUCAGAAAACUAUCCAGUAGCGAUCAGUCCCAUUGGUUCUUGCUGAAAGGAACCAAAUCGGGAUCCGUUGAGCUCAGGAUUAAAGUUCUCUCUGAGGAAUCUGAGACACAAAGCACAUAUGCAGCCAGUACUGUAAGCGACUGUUCCGCACGACAAAAUACAGAGCCAGAUAUUGCCCCAUCCGUGGUUAGAAGACCAUCUAUGGAAAGAUCCAGGAUGAGAUUGCAUUUGGAGCCAGUGAUUCCUCCACCACCUCCUCCACGCACAGUUACUCUGAUCAAGCCCACAGUUAAUCAAGUAGAUAAAACCAGUCUGACCAGUAAAGAAUCUGGCGAUGCAAAUAGUACGACCAUCUCCUGGGCAGGACGAGAUUCUAGCCUCAUGAUUAGCGACAACGUUGAUGACAGCGUUGAUGGUAGUAAUAAAGAUAAAUUGAGCGAAAGAAGAGCUUCACAUCACAGCUUAACACCUAGCCCUGACAAUGGCUUUGGAAAGAAAGUACCACAGUAUAACAGCUUUCGAGUAAUGAAACAAAAGGUAAAACGGGGACUGAAGCUUCGCAGAUUUCGGUCGGAAGUUAAUAUCGAGGACAAGGGUGAUGCGGGAAAAGGUGUUGCACUGAGUUUGGAGCCCAGAGGAGGUGGUGAAGCCGAUGCCACAGAAUUAUUACAGAGCGUCGGACUUUCGCACGCAGUUUCCCAACCAGAUAUGCUUGGCAGGAUAAGGCAGCCGAGUCCCAACAUGCGGGGAUCAAGAACGAGUGAUUUGAAAACGAUAAACGGCACAAGAGAAAAGUAUUCUGGUGUCGAAGGCAAAGUUCUGCAGGCUCAGGGGCUCCACGUUGCUCGAAUCGCUCAACUCUAUUGCCGUGUUAAAUUCCAAGCAUGUACGAGUCCAGACAAAAUGAUGUCUUCCGCAAAUGGUGGUAAGACGUUGACAAAAUCUCGUCUUCUACCGGCAAUGCCCAAUCCCCAGUUCGGUGUUGAUUUUCAAAUAGAGAGCGACGAGGUAUCCCGGCAAUCCGCACUGAUAUUUGAAAUUCGCAGUGCCAGCAAAGAUCUAUUGGCGAGUCGUAAGAUCACACUCCACGAACUUUUAAAUGGUGCUUCAGCAGCAACGAAUGAAGUACACACGUGGUUGGCAUUGAAUAACGGGGCCUCGCUCGAAAUCCAAAUAGGACAUGGAAAGGAAAUGAAAAGCAAAUCUACAAAAAAAUUAUUUCGAUCUUGGUCAGUCCAUAGAAUUGGCAAAAUUUGAAAGUAGGGGUAGUCUUCGUAGGUGGUUUGAAUGUGAAACGUUCGAAACAGGUAUCUAUCAGGUAUUUCGAAUCUGUGUCUGAAUUGAAAUUCGUCAUAUCUCAACUCUAUACUCAAGCAGCUUAUAUAUGACCAAACUGAAUAGUGGAAUUCUUAUUUAUACAUAUAUUUGUAAAUAUUAUAAAGAGAUGAAUAAUUGAAUCAUUCCGUAGUAUAUAUACAAUAUAUAUGUAUGUAUACGUAUAUAUAUUACGAGAAGUAUACUUGCACUGUACAUUUUUUAAAAUAGAUUUUUCGAGAUUUUUUUAAAGAGUAAACAGUAUAUUGUCAUAACGAUAAUUACCAUUUAUUGUAUAAACGGUGGGAUCGGACAAAUCUAAUUAUUUCACUAUUUAUGAUGAUAUUAAAAACUAUAUAUUUA